AUGUGCAUAAUUUUCCAGAAGGCUCGAUUUUACUUCAAAGUGAGUGAUAACUUGGCCAAACGAUUUUUGCUCCAAUCGCUUGGCAGAAAAUGGAGGGAACAUAGGAUAAAACUUUGGAAUGAUUUUUAUGAUCCGAGAUUGAGUAAAACCGAGAUCACAAAUAAUACACCAGAAGAUAUUGCUCCUGAUCAAUUGGCUUUAUUCGUAGAAUAUCGUUUGAAGCCUGAAACUCAAACAGAAGAGACGGGAAUAGAAGUUAGUAGGGUUCAAAUGUGGGACAUCAUUCACAAGAAAAUAUAUAGAAGUUAUGUUAAUGAAAAGGCUAAAGAAAUAGCUGAGAAGAUUAAAGUACAUAGUAGCCAACAAUCGAUGGAAUCAACUGUUAAUUCUCCUCUUGAUGCUCUUGGAGUAGUUUUUGGGAAAGAGCACCUUUGUCGUGUUCGAGGUUUAGGUAUGGGAGUUGUUCCAACAGUUGCUUUCAAGAACAAUACUACAAGGAUUAGUCAAAUGAAUUUAGAUUCUUCAAAUGAUGCUGGCACAUCAUCUACUUGUAGUCCAAAUGUGCAAGAAGAAUUGGAUACCGUUAAAGCGCAAUUGCAAGCGCUAGUCUCUUAUAUUGCUUCUAAGGAAGGAGUUGUAAUGCUUGGAAACAAUGUUGAUACAAAAAGUAUUACAACAAUAAUAGGUGGAUUGGAUCAGGAGAGUGAGAUUCCAUCACCAAAAGAGUUAGGAAGUAGGUCUUUUGGAGCAAGCAACAAGGAAGCAUGA